UUCUCCCAGGUUUCUCGUACUACUAUUUUAGCUCCUCAGAGUCCAACCAAUGUGGUGGAAGACAACCCUUGCAAAGUGGUUGAGGUGAAAGCUAAGGAAAUACCUAAAUCGACGGUUUCAUCAACUGAACAUGUGACGACAAUGCCUGAGAAGUCCGACCACUUGGAACCCCAGACUGUAGAGAUUGUGGAGAUCAUCGAAGACACUGAGACAGAGGCUGACUCUUCGGCACCUGACACUGACCCUGAGGACCGGUGGCCGUCCCCUGUCACAGCGAGGAAAACCGACGGAAGUCACAAACAGAGAAAAACAUGUCUUGCCCCUGGUGAGAUUUUGGCGAAGAGACAAAAGAUGGCUUCUGAUGAAGCUUUACGGACGCUCAGAGAAUCUGGUGGUGAGACAGUUCAAACUCCAGGAGCAAAGGAAUUGGCAGAUAAUGUUUUUGAUGAUUCUGUUGGAGAUGAAGGAAGAGACGUUAAGACAACAGCUUUGCUGGACGCUGCUGGCGAUUCUCUUAGAGAAUCAAUAGACAAAGAAAACUCUACUAGUCCUGUGUUCACUUACAACAUAGAAUCCGCACAGGCUCCUCCGCCAACUCCUUACGAACAGUCAGAAAACCGGGCCUCGCCAUUGUGCUUACAAAUGACUGACAAAGUCAACCGGGUUGAGCAAGCGACUGUGAAAACUUGGGAGAUCCCAAAAGACAGAGCGAUUGAAAGUUCAAAAGAAGUUACGUUCAGAAAAGAAGUGGAAGUGUCAAAAACAUAUCAAAUCAUCGGUAACUUCAUGACUGCAGAGAAGGGCUUGACUGUGCCUGUUGUUGACGACAAUGACAGCUUCUACGGAAGUGAUAAAGAAACAGACGACGCUAUCGUCUUCUCUGAAGACGAAGGUCAUGUAGAUUUUGAAGACGACACUUCUAGCUCCGACAAUGAGUUUCAGGAAGUUUCCAAUGAUGUGGAACUUUCUCCUGUAAAGGAAAACAAGCAAGGCAACAUAUACCACACAAACAUAUCGUUGACAACAGCCGGCCGGGAAGAUGAGGUAGAAGACCUCGAAAUGAGACAAGACAAGUCCGAGGACAUCCCUCGGAUUCCCCUCGACAAAGAGAUAGAAGAGUUUGAGGAGGCAGCUCAGGAGAUGUUGGAGAGGAUGGACACGAUGUUGGUGACAGUCAGGGGCAUCAACAGCGAGGCCGAUCCUGGAAAACGGCUUGAGGUGUUGGAGCGUGAGCUGAGCUGUCUUGCGCCGGACGCCGCCACACUGAUCAGCCGAGGUGAUGGUCUGGUGUUGUCAGUACACACCACACAGCCAGAGCGAGCCAUCUCCCUGCGCACCGGAGCACAGGACAGACUGCGGGCAAAGUGGGCCCAGGUCAUGUCGGAGACUGAGGUGAGGAAAGUGCAGGCACAGCAAGCAGAGAAGCUGUUGGUAGAUUACGUUGAUCUCUCCAAGAACACGGUCAAAUGGUUGAGUGACGUCUCCAACAGACUGGAGCGAGCAAACAAUGACGAGAGAGGAAUCAAGGAGUUAGCGGAGGAGAUCAGUUCUCGCAAGUCGGAGAUUGAGAAGUUGAAGAAGAUGUCAGCAGAGCUGGAGAUUCAGCAGGUGGACCAUGGUGGACUGGAGUCAGUGGCCGGAGAGUGGCAGACGAUCCGCACUUACAUGGCUCACUUGCGGAAAGAUACUGCGGCUACACAGCAGCAGAAGGUUGAAGUUAGCGGAACUGACGUUGUAACCAGAACUAACAAGUUGAGAGAACAGGUGACAAAUGCCUUGCGAAAGUUGACUUCUCCUCCUCUGACAGGACCAGACUUCAACAUCUUCAUGACUCAAGAACCAGCUUUGAAGAGUGUCAAAGAUGAGCAAGCAAAACUGAAACCACUUGUUGAAAGUUUACUGACAGAGAAGACAACUAGUGAGGGAAAAACAGAACAAGCAGGGAAAGUUUUGGAUAAACUUCAACAAGAGUGGAGUCGUUUCAACCACGGCGUCAAGAAACGUCAGAAUCGAUGGAUAAAAUGUAGAGAAGAGAUGGACCUUUUCAACACAGAAUGCAGCCAGCUCUCUGAUUGGCUGAAAGAGAUGGAACCUUUGGCAGCUGACAAAAGCAAACAUCAGGAUAUUGAGGAACAUGCUUUGAUGAAAAUCAGACUCGUGAGGAGUGUUGGAAUGGCUGGUGAAGAUAUUGCUGAGAGAUGUGACAAGACGUCUGCUGCUGAAGUCAAGGCAAAAGUGGACAGUCUCAAACAGCAUUGGCUGAAACUGCUUCAUAAGAUCGGAGCACAUAAAAACAAGAUGUUUGGGCUGGAGGGACCGCCUGAGAUGCAGGUGGAGGCGGUCAACACCAAAAUAGCCGAGGUGAGAGCCCUCGUCGCUGACCCUGUGAACCCCUCUGACGACACAGCCCUGUCAGUGCGGCUGGGCAAGAUAUCUACAAAAGAAGAAGAAUUUGUUAGUAAAUUACAAGAUUUGACAAAUACCAAAAGUGAAGACGAAAUAGCGACAAAAGUAGUGUCUGAAGCUAAAAAGGUGUUGACGUCCCUGACUGAGCACAGAGACCAAAUCACUGCCAAACUCGCUUCACUGAAGAAGUUAAAGACUCAACUGGAACAUGUGACGUCUUGGGUGAAUGAGACUCUGACUCGUAUCAACAUCAGCAAGGAACUGCCGGCCACGGAGAAGAUCAGGAUAGUGGACAACAUUAUGACCAUGGUCUAUGACCGGGAAAUUGAAGUAAAGGAUCUAAAAGAGAACUUUACCAAUCUUGAAAAGGAGUGCCAAGCAGUCAAGCAACCGAUGUCCUCGGAUUUGCAUAACAAAGUGACUAGGUUGCUGCAGGACUGGAAUGUGCUAAAGAACCGAGGAGAAGCCGAGGAACAGCCAGAGUCAGCAAAGCCUUCUACGACCGCUGCAGCAGCUGCUGAAGCCAUCAAAACUCUCACCACGCCUGCAAAGGCCUCUCCUGCUGCUACUAAAGGCUCCUACAAUGUAAGCCGCCCUACACGUCAUGUUCGCUCGGUCGAGGUCCAGACGCCCGCCAGUCCCGCCACUGCCACUGCGGCCGCCGGCAACACCCCGCCCCGGCUAAGUCUGUUGGCCAGCUUCGACAAAUCUAUCUUGCAGAUCCGGGACUGGCUGACGCUAGAGGAGGAGAUGUUGAAGCAACAGGCGGUAGUGGUGGGCGACCUGGACGACAUCCACCAGGUCCUGGAGAAACAGAAGAAUGUGCUGCGGGAGUUGGAACAGAAGAAGCCUCAGUUGGACGAGUUGGUUCACACGGCUGAGAACUUGAAGGCCGACUCCAACCGUCAGCAACUACAUGGAAAAGUGUCGCCAGAGGCCAGAGCUAGCCUAUACCACCUGAGAGACUGUCUGAGAGUUACCAAGCUGCGGGAGCACUGGGAAGAGACCAACUCGAAGGUGUUGCAGCGCAAAGCCGUGCUGGACGCCAUGUUGACGGACUCUGAGCGGUACGAGGCCAAGAGACAGGAGGUGGAGGCUUGGCUGGCGAGGAUGCAGGCGCGCAGGGAGAAGAUGGGGCUGGUGGGAGACACGGCAGACGUGCUGGAGGUCCAACUGAGGGAUCAGAAGGCGUACCACGCAGAGCUGCACCAAUACAAACACCAGAUCGAGUUGUUCAACCAGCUGACCCAGAAGUUGAUUGCAGUGUAUCAGGACGACGACACGAGCAGAAUAAAGAAGAUCACGGAGCAAAUCAACCAGAGAUACAACAAUCUCAACUCGAGUAUCGUGUUGCGCGGCAAGUUGCUCAACUCGGCGCUCAACUCGCUGCACAACUUCGACAGAUCGCUGGACAAGUUCCUCGCGUGGCUGUCUGAGGCGGAGAGCUCACUGGAGUCGGUGGAGGUGGAGGCCGACAGGGCUGGAGGCAGGAGAGACGAGGCGGUCACUAGACAGUUCACCAAACAACUCAAGGACCUGCAGAGUGAGAUAGAAGGACACAAGGAUGUGUACGCGGCGCUCAACGGCAGCGGCAGGAAGCUACUCAGCUCCUUGCCUUCCAAGGACGACGCCGUCAUGCUGCAGCGUCGCCUGGACGAGAUGAACCAGAGAUGGCACCACCUCAAGGCCAAGAGCAUGGCGAUCAGGAACCGUCUGGAGAGCAACGCCGAGCACUGGACGGCGCUGCUGCUGUCGCUGCGUGAGUUGUUUGAGUGGGUUAUCCGCAAAGACACUGAGCUGACCGGCCUGGGACCCAUCGGUGGUGACGUGGCCUCCCUGCAGAAACAACUGGAUGACCACCGAGCCUUCCGUCGUCAGUUGGAGGACAAGAGGCCGGUUGUGGAGAGUAACCUGCUCAGUGGUCGACAAUACAUUGCCAAUGAACCUCCCCUGUCUGACACCAGUGAUACUGAAGACUCCCGCGGGUAUCGCACGGCGGAGGAGCAAGCGCGGGAACUCACCAGGUGUAUCCGUCGAGAAGUCUCCAAGUUGUCGGAGAAAUGGAACGCACUCAUCGAGCGAUCCGACCAAUGGCAGAGGAAACUGGACGAUAGUUUAGCGAAGAUGCGAGUAUUCCAGAAGAACAUGGAUGAUGCCUCAGUCCGCCUCUCGUCAAUAGAGAACACCCGGAGUGGAUGGAUCAACCCUACGGAGAUCUCUCAAGUACCUGAACUGCUCGAGGACCUGCAGAAACUAGGAGAGCGGAUGGGUCCACUGCAGCGUACGCUGGACGAAGUGAACGACCAAGCAGCCAUGUUUAACUCAAACAACGUCCUGGUGUCGCCUGCCAACCUGAACAAGCUGCAGGACCUCAACACCAGAUGGAAGCUGCUGCAAGUGGGCGUAGACGAGAGGUACAAACAGCUGAGAGACUUAGGAAAAGACGGCUCUCCUCCCAACCAGAACUUCCUCUCCGCCUCCGUAGACCAUCCCUGGGAACGGGCCAUCACCCAGAACAGAGUGCCUUACUACAUCAAUCACCAGCUAGAGACAACUCACUGGGACCAUCCCAAGAUGAUGGACUUGAUGAACUCUCUCACCGAAUUCAACGAAGUUAGAUUUUCUGCUUACAGGACAGCAAUGAAACUUCGCACAGUCCAAAAGCGAAUGUGCCUUGAUCUGCUGACCCUGAACCGUGCUAUUGAGACGUUCGACAGCCACGGACUGCGGGCACAGAACGACAAGCUGCUCGAUGUCACGGACAUGGUCACCGUGCUAGCUAGCGUCUACGAACUGCUUGCUGCGGAGAACCCGUCACUCGUCAACGUGCCUCUCUGUCUCGACUUGGCCGUCAACUGGCUGCUCAAUGUCUACGACAGCCAACGUACGGGACAAGUUCGAGUGUUGUCCUUCAAAGUGGGCCUGGUGCUGCUCUGUAAAGGCCACUUGGAGGAGAAAUACAGAUAUCUGUUCCGACUGAUUGCUGACCCCAACCGACUCGUGGAUCAGCGCAAGCUCGGUCUGCUGCUGCACGACUGUAUACAAGUUCCUCGUCAGCUGGGAGAGGUUGCGGCCUUCGGUGGCUCCAAUAUUGAGCCAUCUGUGAGAUCUUGCUUUGAGAAAGCUGGGAAAGACAGUAACACAAUUGAGGCUGUGCAUUUCCUCAACUGGCUGCAGCAAGAACCGCAGAGCAUGGUCUGGCUGCCAGUGCUGCAUAGACUGUCCGCAGCAGAGACUGCCAAACACCAGGCCAAGUGCAACAUCUGCAAGGAAUAUCCCAUUGUCGGAUUCAGGUAUCGUUGCUUGAAGUGUUUCAACUUUGACAUGUGUCAAAACUGUUUCUUCUCUGGACGAAAAGCAAAGAACCACAAGUUGACACAUCCCAUGCAGGAGUAUUGCACUGCUACAACAUCAGGUGAAGAUGUGAGGGACUUCACUCGAGCGUUACGCAACAAGUUCAAAUCUAAGCGAUACUUCAAGAAGCACCCUCGUAUGGGCUACCUGCCUGUGCAGACAGUGUUGGAGGGAGACGCUCUAGAGAGCCCGGCACCGUCUCCGCAGCACUCCACACUCGCCCCCGACAUGCACUCUCGCCUGGAGAUGUACGCCUCUCGUCUGGCCGAGGUCGAACUCAGAACUCGCACAAACUCAACUCCUGACUCGGAAGACGAGCACCAGCUGAUAGCGCAGUAUUGCCAGUCACUCAACGGAGGUGAUGGUGUUACUGUGCCUCGCAGUCCCGUACAAGUUAUGGUGGCCAUAGACCAGGAACAGAGAGAAGAACUUGAGGCAAUGAUCAGAGAGUUGGAGGAGGAGAACGCCAACCUGCAAGCGGAGUACGAGCGACUCCGCAGCUCCAGCAAGGCGACUCCGGAGUCGACACCAGAGGAGCUGCGAGGCGGAGACGCCCCAGACAUGGCGACGGAGGCGAGACUGCUCCGGCAACACAAGGGGCGACUAGAGGCUCGCAUGCAGAUCCUGGAGGACCACAACAGACAACUGGAGGCUCAACUGCAGAGACUAAGACAGCUGUUGGAUGAGCCGAACGCCAGUGGAUCGCCGGUCAAGACUGGUACGCUGCAGACUCGGUCCGUCACGGCGUCUCAGUUAGCCACAGACUCACCGGCCAAGAUGAACGGACAUUACACGGAUCAUCCAGGAGGGCGAGGGUGGAGUGAGAGAGGCAGUCUAGAUCGGCCGCCACCGCCACCUGUCAGUGCGUCUCACAACAACCUAGGCCAUCUACAUCACAUGGCAGGAGACCUUGGUAAAGCUGUGUCGGAGUUAGUGACGGUGAUGACGGACGAUGACCGAGCGUCUGCGAGCGACUCCAGCAGCCAAUGAGAUCGCACAACAUGCCUCGACCGACCAAUCGCUUCCUUGCAUCUUACACAUUUCAUUCUACAUAUCUGUCAAUAACGCUCGUCAUAUCCUCGAUAAGUUUUAAUUAAUAUUUACAUUGUAAAUGACAUAAUAUAUUGUUCGAUAUUGUUAGCCAAUUUGUAAGUUAGUGACGACCUACGUAUAGAGUUAAGGGGUUAUUUACAGCUUUUGAUGAUACGAUUAAUAAAAAAUGUUGCACAAAUUUUAGUUUUGUUUUGUUUUUACCCUUUUAGUUUGUUUUGUUUUCUUAUUUGAUUAUUUUACUGCAAGUGAAGAUAGGUAUUAUUUUUAGUUACAAAAUUCAAAAUGUUAUUAAAAAUACCACAAAAAGCACCAGUUAGUUAUUCUUUUGACAAUUAAAACAUUCAAAUAAUUUAUAAUGUUAAAAAAUAAAAAUAAACAACUAAAACUGUGCUUAAAAAAUUAAAACUACACAAACCUCAUUUCACUCAUCAUCCCUUCAAAAAUGCCAAAUAAAACUUUAAAAAUCUCAAAAUCUUUUACUUGUUUGUACUUUUUAACUAAACCCGAUUUACACACAACCAUCUUACAGCUGUAUAUAUUAACAAUUAACAAAAGAAUGAGUGUGUGUGAAUUUGUAUUAAUAUACACACAUUUAAAUACAAUAAAAUCAUAGACAAAUAGAAUAAAUAUAGACUGUCAAAGGAAGGUUCCGCGAUGUGCUGCUGGAGCGUGCUCAGUGUUCGAUUCACUGCCGUCGUCAGCUCCUUGCCAUAUGCAACCAGCAGACACUGCAGCGGUGUGCCCCGUAACUAAACAGCACUCCUAGCGGUGGACACCAGAACAUAUGAUAACCGCAGAACUGCUGUCGGUCCAUAUUUAUUUGAUUCUUUUUAUCUAUGAUAUAAUACACCAUAAUGUUCCAUAGAUAAUGUUUUUCCAAACUACAGUAGACUUGCUCAAUAUGUGUUCUCGGACCAAAUGCUUACAAUCAUUUUGUAAAAACUUAAAUUAAAAAUUUUCAUUGAUCAAUCUCUGUCUCAUCUUUUUUACUACUUUUUACUAAUUAGUAACUGCUAAACACCUGUGCCCAAAAUUAAAAUGCUCCUAACCAAACUUUAAGAAAUACUCAUGUAUUAAACCUCCCAACUGAAUAGAAGAUUUUUUUUCAAACAGUGAUUUUUUUCUAAACCAUUUUGGUAUUAACUCUACUACAACUGAAGUGCAGACUUUUAUUUCUUAGCUUUCAAUGUUGACUUAGGAAAUUAUUGCAUAAGUUAGACAGUUGAAUCUGGUAUGUAGUUAUAAAAUGACACAGCGCAACAAAUAGGGUUAAUGGAAACAUUUUUACAUUUUUAUAGGGAUAAAGUGGUUUUAUUGUUUUAUGUACAGACAACUUUCGUGUUGACCAUUACCUUAGCACAAGCUUUAAUUGUGAAUGAAGAGUAUAUGCUGCUUAUCAAACACUCAGUCAAAUCUUGAUUGUAGAUUAGAAUCACAACUACUAGGUAACAUUUAAGAUAUAUGUUACAUUUCUUGUGAUGUUUCUCAUUGAUCUUGAUGGUAUCUUUAUAUAAACCUGUUUUUUAAGCCACUAAAAUAAUGUAUGCAUAUUAUUUACAUCCAAAAAUGUUUUGUUAUUUUAAAAUUAAUCAAAAUUUAGUAUUUUUAGAGAUGUUAAUUUUAAUUACAGAAAGUUACUACCCAGCAAACAAAUUGCAGCCAAAAAUAAUUAUGAAAGAGAAAAGUUAUGUAUAAACAACAAUGUAAAAUAUCUAAGUUUAAAACAUUUUAAUUUCUUUUGGAAGAAUUCAAGAAUUUAUGCAUUACCAACCUGAUUAUUAUACUGGAUAAUUUAGAGUUUUGUUACUUAACUUUCACUAACAAUUUUCUAGGUCUUAUUUUCACUAAGGUACUUAACACAAGAUGUUUGAAACAAAUACUUGUUUUAAAUUAAAAAGGGAUUUAAAAAUCAAAAUAUGGUAUAAAAAUUGUAUUUUUAGCUGAGGGAACAUAUAUUAUGAUUUCCUUACACAUGCUCAUCGGAACUUAUUAUUUUAUCUUAUCCACAUAUUAAAUUUUCAAAAAAAUCUAGAAUUUCAUCAAAGUUUUUUUUCAAUUUACUAAUUUAAGCGUUCAGUCCUAAUAUUUUAGCUACAAGAGAGUGGGUAUUAUCGGAUUAAUUUUUUGAGAAAACCCCCUCUAAGAACACUUUAUUUGUAUACAUCUUAACUUACUUGAAACUCAAUUAUUGAAUCAAGAGCUGCCUCAUCGAGUCUUGAAAAUAGUAACGUACACUUAACACACACUGGCAAUGGAAUAUUUUUAUUAGUAAAACUUGUUUUGAAAUGAGUCUCUUAACAUACAAUUUCAUUUCUAGAACCGGUACCAUGCAUUAAAUUGUGUUUUGUUUUAAAUCGUAUUAGGCUCACUAUAAUUGUUGCAUUAUUGUUUUUUUUUUUUACUCUUAAUCAACAAAAUGUGGUCAUGCACCAAGUAUUCCAUUUGGUUUACACAAUCAACUAAUAAGACACGAGCCAUCAAAUGCCACUGAUCAAUCUAAGGUUUGACUGAGUACAUCUGUUUUGAUGUCCAUUUGUGAAUUGUCCAAUGCCUGAUAGUCUAGGCCCCGUGCAUAUCAUGUAGAAUAAGUUGUACAGACGCCCCUACCUAGUGCUAUGUUAUUCUAGCUCAAACUCGAAUAUAAGUAUAUGAACUGACUCUUUAUACUUAAUGUUGAAAUAUGUAAUUAUGUAAACAGUUGGUAUAUUGAACAUGCAAUAAUUGUUUAAAUGAUUAGCCUAAGAACUGAACAUCUUGUCUACCUAUGUGUGCUCUUGAUUCUUGUACUUUUCAUACUGAUAUAGAUUUCUAGAUUGAUUUUAACUCGAGAUUAGUUUUUUUGUUGCAGUUAUGUAUUUUGUGAGAAUCGAUUUUCCUUUAAAUGAGGCUGGAUAUAGUUAUCCUUAGGUUAUAUGUUUGUAUGUUGGAUAAUAUUUAAAAACAGACAACUACGUACUUUAAACAAAAAUACAUUUGUGUUUAAAGAUUUGGACCAACGCUUAAUCAAAAUGUACUUUUUACCAAUUUUUCAUAGUUUUACAUAGCAUGGGAGAAGUGAAUCCUUUAAGUUUAGUAAACAGUCUUCGUUUAAGGGAAAAAUGACUAAGCUCAGUACAUGUUAUAGUUGUUAAUUUGUAGUUAUUUUUCUACGUAGUUUUGUUUUAGGACUCAAUUAUUGUUCAAUUGUGAGACUGUUCAGAGGGUAUCUUCCAAAUGUCGUUAGUUAUAACAAAAGUUAGUGCCUCGCGCACUGCUUUGGUUAAUAAAAUGUUUCUCCUUUGUAA